GUCAUAUCUACGUGACAAAACACACCGGUGCUGCCGAGCUCUGCACAGUUUCGAGGCGGAUCCAAAGGCGGCCACAAACAUGUUUUGCACAGUCAAUUUCUCAUCUUUGGCGUUUAUUUUUGUUUUAGUGCUCGCCACAACUGAAGCUUCUUCGGCGAAGACCAAGACGGUGGAAUUUAACGUGAAACCCGGAGGGGUGGUACACACUUUCACAGAGGGAAUUGACAAAUACGAAUGUUCAUUCACAUAUGCUGCACAAGGGGGAACCAAUGAGGACUGGUUGAUGAGUGUUGGGCUCAGUGAUGAUGACAUGCUAUUUUCUUGCUCUUUGUGGAGGCCACAGGGAAAAUCAUACCUGUUUUUCACUCAGUUCAAAGCAGAACUGAAAGGAACCAAAAUCAAAUAUGCCAAUGCAUAUUCACAGACAGGACACAGUGAGAUGCUGCUGAAGCCAGAGGAGUUUACCAUAGGUGACUCUACAGUGACCCACACUGAUGGAAAGUUCAGUGCUCAGCUCUCAAAGCUCACUGUGAUUGGACAAAUAGGACAUGAUGAGCUGUAACUGGUCAGGAGCCUGACUGUGCUUCAACUGCACGGGACCAGAGUUUGAGCCCUGUAGUGGAUGAAGGACUCUGUGACUCUCCUGAGUGACACUUCAAAGAGACAGCGCUGUGAAAUUCAGCUUUUAUCAUGGCAGCGCUGUAUUUUGUUACAUUAAUUACAUGCUCUUUCUACUACAAUGGGUGUGUCUGCAAAUGAGCACAGCUAGACAUAAAACAGUUUUUUCUUUGUCCUUCUCUGAUUUAAAACCUGUUUUUUCUCAUUUUCAUUGGGAUUUAGUAAAUAUGUAUUGUAUAGAAGCCUGGCAUGGGGGGUUUGUAGGGUAUAGAUUACAUAUUUAGAGUAGGCCAGGAUUUAUCCCAUGGUUUGUAAUCCUAAACAGAAAGUGAAUAAUAAUCCCUAAUAUCAUCAGCAUACACACACACACACGGUUACAUUUAUGUCAGCCCUAUUUUGUUCUGAGCUGCUAUUAAGAAGAGCUCUUUCUUCCUUCUGUUUAUCUGGAUCUGCUCUACAUAGCUCCUAAGCUUCACAUAUGAUCUCAACAGGAACAUUAAUAACUUAUUUUUAUAAGAUGAAGAAAUACUCAAUAAUUACACCAAACCCAAGCAAUCUAAAUUCACGAUAAAAAAGAAUGAUUAAUUUAUACCAUAGCACGAAACCUGUGGAGCUCUAUGUACUCUUGCUGCACAUUUUAGAUUCAUAAAUUCCUUUUUUUUACAAGUUUUUUCUGUUUGUAAUACCUCUACAAAUGCACUGUUUGAAGUUCAGCUAAAAAUUCAUUCAGAAGGAGUGGGUUUGCACUGACAGGCAGAUGCCCUGAAGCUUUCAUCCUGCAGAGCCACAUGUGCAGAUCAGCAGGGAUAUCGUCAAAGUUUCUGAAGUAGCUCAUUAUCACGGGUCCCUGUCCAGACACCGGGACUUUCUUAUGUAAAGAACGACCUUUAUCUCGCACCCAUUGAUCCAGCCUUAGAUCCCCACCAGUGUCCAGAGAAUGACUUCUGCCAUUGAUUUCAGAUUGGAGGAUUUAGGUGAUUUGAAGUUGUUAGGUUAGCGACAUGCAGUAUGUACCUUGUUA